AUGGGUUCGUCGCAACAGGGAACGCCCAAGACCGAGGACAAGAAGGAGUCCCAGGGCGAGUCAUCUCGUCCCGGCCAGCAGAGACAGGAGUCGCAGCAACAGGGAAAUAAGGAAACCCAGGGCCAACAAUCAGACAACAGCCAGGCACAGCAGUCAAAAGCUGAGGAUACCAACCGCAACGCGCAGCCUGAGUCUCAUAACAACCAGGCCAGCGCAGAAGACGAGCAAGAAGACUACGACCAAGACCAAAACCAGGAACAAUAUGACGAGGAUGAAGAGCAAUAUGACGACCAGGACCAAGAUCAAGAGGAAGACAACUAUGACGACCAGGCCUACUCUGGCGACGAGGAACAGUAUGAGCCUGAGCAGGGCCAAGAGCAAGCAGAGCAAGGAGAAGACGAGCCUGAGCCUGAGCCCGAGCCGGAGAUGCAGCGCGACUCGGCCGCCACGCCGGCAUCCGACCGGCCCGCCACGCCCAAGGACAACGAGGAAGCGACACCAUAUUGGGAACAGGACAACCAGCAAGACGAGGAGGACAAACAGGUAGCCAAGACCAAGAAGAGCAGCAAGAAGAAGAAGAGCAAGCGUCGACAGCCGCGGUACGAGACCGAGGAUGAGGAGGACGACUACCAGGAAGAUGACUACCAACAGCAGCAGUACUGGCAGCAGCAGCAACAGAUGCAGAUGAUGCAGCAACAGCAGAUGAUGCAGCAACAGCAAGGUGGCGGCGACGGCGGCAGCAAGAACCCGCUCAAGCUGAGGCUGGACCUCAACCUCGAGAUUGAGAUCGAGCUGAAGGCGCACAUCCACGGUGACCUGGAGCUGGCUUUGCUUGACGGUUAA